UGAAUUAGCAGCGGACCGUCCAACGCUCAAAUAACAAGGGAGUGUUUUUAUAAAGGGAGCUGCGUCUAUUUUGUAACCACUAUCGUUAAGGGUAAACUCCGUACCGUUAUAUUUAAAAAAAAGUAUAUAGUUUUCUUAGAGAUAUUUCAUUAUGGCCGACGUACGAGAUAUCUUAGAAUUAGGACGUCCGCCCACCCCCGAAAUCACAAGAGAAACAAUAAUUGGUUCCGAAAAACAGAAAAAACGAAACCUGAUGGGUCCUAAACAGUCAAAAAGACCAGAAGGCAUGCACAGAGAAGUAUUUGCCCUUCUGUACAAUGAUAAUAAAGAUGUUCCCCCUUUAUUUCCAUCAGACACAGUUGGAAAUGGCUAUAAACAGAUUAAAAUCAAACUAGGCAUGCGAAAACCAAGGCCUUGGAAGUGGAUGGCAUUCACAAACCCAGCUAGAGCUGACAGUGCAACAUUUUAUCAUUGGAGACGACCUAGUGACGAACCUAAAGAAUAUCCAUUUGCGAAAUUCAAUAAAAAAAUUGAAAUACCUGCUUACACAGAUGUUGAGUAUCAGCAACAUUUAACUUGCGAGGCAUGGACAAAAGAGGAAACAGAUCAUUUGAUGGAUCUGGCACAUAGAUUUGAUCUUAGGUUUAUAGUUAUGGCCGACAGGUAUGACACUGAAAAGUUUACAAAACGUUCGGUUGAGGAUUUGAAAGAACGGUAUUAUAAAAUCACAGGUAUACUUGGCAAGUUAAGUGGUGAGAAAAAAAUCUACACCUAUGAUGCUGACCAUGAAAGGAGACGUAAAGAACAAUUGAAAAAACUUUAUGAUCGUACAACUGAACAGAUUGAAGAAGAACAAUUUCUUUUAAGUGAAUUGAAAAAGAUUGAAGCUCGUAAAAAAGAGCGGGAGAGAAAAACUCAAGAUUUGCAAAAAUUAAUUAGCCAGGCAGAUAGUCAAAAUGACACUCCAAGAAAAAUAGACAAAAAGAACCCUAAACGGAAAAUUGUGAAUCCUUCUAGGCCAUCGAAAGUUGACAGCAGCCACAUUUUACAGGCUGUUGAGAGCGCGGGUAUCAAAUUUCCAGACUUCAAGAACAGCGGAGUUUCACUCAGGUCUCAGCGUAUGAAACUUCCGGGCAAUGUUGGUCAGAAAAAAUCUAAAAAUAUUGAACAGACCCUUCAGGACAUGUCAUUAGAGCUUAACCCCACUCCGACCGAAGAAAUUUGCCAGAAUUUCAAUGAGCUCCGCAGCGAUAUGGUGUUCCUAAUGGAGCUCAAGUCCGCACUGAGCACCUGUGAAGAUGAAUUGCAAUCCUUGAGGCAUCAGUAUGAGGCUUUGAAUCCUGGCAGAACCUUGACCAUUCCUCCACAAUUAUUGUCCCAACAAGACCCAGACUCCAAGAUGACAACAGCAGAAAUAAUUGAUGUCGUGGGUUCGCCAGGAACGCCUUUAAAUAAUUAAUUUACCCAAAGGAAAAUUAUUUUGCAAUAAUGGUAAUAUAUGGUCA